GCAAUUAAGUACUUAAAUUUAAAAUAUAUCAAAUCAUCUAUAGCCAAAAUAAUGUUUGGAAAACCCCCAAGUGGGUGCGUCGUUUACGACAAUUUUGAUUCGAUGGAGCGCGAAGACGGCGUUCAACAGCCAUUGCCGUCUGAGCAAGUGAUGAGUGAAGUUCACCUCGGCUGCCCUCCUAACCACUCUGGUCCUCAUCUCUCCCAUUUUACCAUCUCGCUACCGCCUCGCUACGAAAAUUCCAGUUUGAGAGGAAUUAUUGAUGCAGUUGAGGAUAUAUCAAUUUCUGCAUCUACCAUGUUGGACUUGGAUGAAGAUGGUGAUCUUAUUCUAACACGACGAAAAAAAUCACCUAGCCACCAUCUUGUCUUAACCCUCCAGCAUAAUAUCACUUCAUCCAUUCCUAGAGUUGGUUUGCAGGUUUGGAGAGCAGAACUAGUGCUUACUGAUUUUGUGUUGCAUGUUAUGUCUACAUCAUCUGAUUUUGAUAAAGUUGUUGCAUUGGAGCUUGGGGCUGGUACAGGGUUAGUUGGUAUUUUGCUUGCCCGUGUUGCUAAAACUGUCUUCAUAACAGACCAUGGAGACGAAGUACUUGAGAACUGUGAGAAAAAUGUGGAUCUUAAUGCUGAAAUAUUCCAUGGGAAGACGUCUGUUCAUGUACGUGAACUUGAUUGGAAAAAUUCAUGGCCUCCUCAAGAGGAGAAUACUUCACCAUCUAAAGGAAGGUACUGGUGGACCCAAUCAGAAAUUGAAGAACUCAAGAAAGCUUCUUUGCUUCUGGCUGCUGAUGUCAUUUACAGUGAUGAUCUGACUGAUGCAUUCUUUAGCAUCUUGAAGAAAUUAAUGUUAGACAACCCGGAGAAGGUGCUAUACUUGGCUAUGGAAAAGCGUUACAAUUUCACCCUUGAUGAUCUUGAUGUUGUUGCUAAUGGAUAUUCACACUUCCGUAGUUACCUGAUCACAGAACAAGCAGAUGACGCAGGAUGUAAGCAGCUAGAUGGUGCAUCCAGGCCCUUGUUUGUUGGUGAACAGAUUGAUUUGAGAUACAUUCCAUGUUAUGUGCGGAAUUACAAUAGAGGGGAUGACGUCGAGCUUUGGAAAAUUAAAGUAAAAUCAUAGAGCACUCUUCUGAAUUCCGUAAACACCUUUUAUUGAUAACAUUCAUCUUCAGUUGCUAUGAACUUGAAAUUCAUAUUCAUGCUCUAUUAUCAUCACCUGUCAAUUUGUAAAAUAGAUUGGUAGACCUGCAAGUGGCUUGUUCAUGUGGAGAAAGGGAAAAAAGCACCAAGCAAGAAAUUUGCAGGUAUAAUAAGAAUAGUAGGGGUUUCAGAAAUAUGACUUCUCGACUUUUCCUUAGUAUUCUAUUAUAGAAUUUCGAUGUUCGAAGA